CAGCGAUUUUUCAAUGAUAUAAGGGUCGAGGGAGAGCUGUCUGCUCAUUGACGGUAGGGAUAUUCAUAUAUGACGUGUAAUAAUAAUGUUUACGAGCAGAUAUGGUGAUUGAAAGAAGAGUUAGUAAAUCAAAAAGAGACAAAUCAAUACGGAGAAUCAAUUCAUUGGACGCAGAUGAUGCGGAUUGUGUUCAAAGUUCAAUUGAUCAUGAAGAAGAUUACAGUGAAAAAGAACAGAGUAUCCUUAAAGUUUUGAGUAGUGGCAUUGUCGACGUUGAAGGAUUGAGAGAGUUUGCUGUCAGUCCAGGAGGACUACUUAAUGAUGAUAUACGAAAAGAGGUGUGGCCCAAACUGCUUAAUGUUAAUGUCACUGACAUUCCCCAGAAACCAACAGUGGAGGUUUUACAUGGACACAGGGAUUAUACACAAGUUGUUAUGGAUGUUAACAGGUCCUUAAAAAGGUUUCCUCCAGGUAUGGAUGAAGAUGUCAGGAUGUCUUAUCAGGAUCAGCUGGUGGACCUGAUCAUGCGGGUGUUGGUACAGCACAAUGAACUUCACUACUAUCAGGGCUAUCAUGAUAUUUGUGUCACAUUUCUACUGGUUCUAGGGGAGGAUCUAGCUUUUGCCAUUCUUGAUGUAUUGUCAUUAAAACAUCUCAGGGACUUUAUGGAUGCCAACAUGGACAGAACAAAGCACAUUCUGAAUUACUUGUAUCCAAUUGUAGGAAGGGCUAAUCCUACACUGAGAAACUUUAUGGAAGAGUCUGAAGUAGGAACUGUUUUCUGUUUGAGCUGGUUGAUCACAUGGUUUGGUCAUGUGUUAGGUGACCUAGAUUCCAUAGUGAGACUGUAUGAUUUUUUCAUGGCAUGUGAUCCUCUAAUGCCUAUUUAUAUGGCAGCGUCUAUUGUGCUGUACCGUGAAAAAGAAAUUCUUGCCAGUGAGUGUGAAAUGUGCACCUUGCAUGGGAUGUUGUCUAAAAUACCAGACAAUCUGCCAUAUGAACAAUUAAUUGUAAAGGCAAAAGAUCUGUUCUCAAAAUUCCCUCCAAAGACAGUUGCCAAGGAAGCAUCUGAAAUUCACGAACAGAAAAAACGUGCUCUCUCGCAGCAUAGAAGGAGAAACAUUGAGAGGAUGAGACAGGGCCAUCAGAAGGGGGGAGUGUUGAAGAACUUGUUGUACCUUGAUGGGGACAGACUGUUUAUAAAGGUGACAUUGUGGACUCUUGUAGGGGUGAUUACAGCUGCAGGGUUAACAUGGCUCAAUCAUUAUUAUACCCAUGAUUAUAAGUCAUGAUGUUAGAGAUUUUGAUGAAAAGUCUGACUUUUUCUGUUGCUUUCUGAUAGAUCAUUUAAAGAAACAUUGUUUUGAUUUAGGAAAAUCUUGUUAGCUGGUCUUAGAGGAUCUCUGACCAGAUUUGUUGAAAUCAUCAUGUAUUGAGCUUUUGUGUCUUUAUUUUCUCAUUCUGUGCAUUAAUUUUCCAAAUAGUCCCCUUGCAAUUUUUAGUUCUUUUUAAAGUUGCAGGAAUUUUUUUUAUUAGUUAUACAUUUAUCUAUCAUUAAUUAAACAUGUCCAAUUCACUGCUUUAAUGAAAUUUUAGCUCUGCUCAAAGACCAACAGGGCUUAAAUGUUGGUUAAGUGUAUCUCUUUUUCAAUGAAUAAUUUUUUGAAUACACUUGCCUGUAACUCCUCGUACAGUUUGAGUUUGAGCUAAGUUAAACUUGGUACUCAAAUACAUUACACUAAGAUGCAUCAUUCUGAAUAUGGAAUUUUUAAUUUGAUUAACCAUGAUGCCAAGAUUUGCUGAAAAUUGAAAAUUCACCAAAGUUCUUUCAAAACUACUUUUUAUAGUUUUGGAGUGAUUUCCAUAAAAUAUUACAGAAGUAAACUACACAAAGAUGCUCAUUCAGGAGUUUUGGAGUGAGGUGAAGAGUUGUCAGUGUUACCAAAAGUAGAUAUUUCAAAAAAUAUAUGUAUUUCAAAACAUUGCUCCAGCAUGCAGUCUUGUUUACAUUAAUAAACCAUGAUACACAAGUUGACAAGAACAAUACUAGUAUGCAGAUUUUGGUGUGAAUUUGAUUUCAUGGAAUUAAAUGUGUAGGUUAAAGAGUGAGGAUACAUUAUUCCACUAUUACAUUGUACAGGUAGAAACCAAAAGAGUUAAAGUUUCUCUGAUCAACAGCUGCUCUAUAUACUUGGGUUUUUUUUUUGUAUUUCUUUUAAAAAUCUUUGAAAUUACCGGUAUACACUACAUGAAUUUUACAAUGGUACAUAUUAUUGCUUUUGUCUUCCAUUUGUUUUGGCAUUAUAAAAACUGUAUAUCAUGAUGAUCACUAUCUAUUCAUUUUAUUCAAUUUACCAAGUUUACCCCUUAAUAGUUACUAAUUUUGGAAGCUGUGCAUCUACAGGCACCUUACCAAUGGAUGAGGUAACCCCCUCCCUCCCAGCCUCUGAGAAUUUUUAUUAGAUACAAAAACUUAUCAAAUAUACAUGAAUUCCUAUCCUUUCUUACCUAUAUUCAGAUAUCUGAUAUAAUUUUCUGCGUUUGUUGCAUUUUAGAGUGACCCUUUACCGUUUAUAGAAAUACUAGUAUUUCUCAAAAGCUGAGAGGGGGUUUACAUCAUCUAUUUAUCAAUUUGUCCAGUGCCCCUAGAAGUUGUAGCUGGGAGGGGACAAUGAACUUGCUCCUCAUAGCCAGUAAACACAUGUAUAGUAGGUACAUAUCUUCAUCUUUAAAAUUAUCUAAUUGUUACAUGAUGAUUUAGGAAAAUAUAAUCUCUGAUAUGAGAUAAAGUUAUGAAGUGUUCUAAAUUGUUGAUUCAUUCUAGUCGCCAUGUGGUUUUAUCUUCUUAUAUCAGCUGGUGUACAUGUACUUGUUUGUACCUGUAAAAUAAAGUCGUUUAUGGGCAGCAGUGAUGUCUAUAUUCCUUGUUUGUUAUUCCUCCCAUACUCUGGUAUUUGGUUACUGUUAUCAUUACUACGUGUGUCGUUGAAUCACGAUUUUGUCAGUUUUUAAAAAAAAUUUCUAAUUAAACUAAUUGCACGUGUUAAUAAUACGGUUUUGAAAUUUUUAUGACAGAUAUUGAUAAACAUUUGACGGACAUUUUGUAUGUGUUUACCAUUAAUUUCCAUUAAAAAAAAUGAACUAUUCUUUUUCAUUGGGAUAGCACUGAAAAUAUUGUAUGUAAUUUAUUUUCAUAAUAAGCAGCUUCUAGGUAGUACACCCUAUCUGUUUGGAACGUCGUCUCUGUUGUAUCCAUGUAUUUAUCAAUGGAAUAGACUGUAAUUGAUGCAGAAUUUUGUAAUAUGAAUUUUGUUGAAUAUAGAAAGUUUUAAAUUAA